AUGGCUGAAUCAACAAAGUCAGAACUAGUUCUUCAACAUUCGAUAGUUAAUGCGGGGAGUCCAACCUCCCCUUCAACACCAAAUUGUAUCUCUUCGCUUUAUGUUGGGGAUUUGGAGGAGAACGUCGAUGAAGGUCAAUUGUUUGAUCUCUUCAAUGAGGUGAAGCGAGUUCAUUCCGUAAGGAUUUGUCGAAAUGAAGAGAACGGGGUUUCGUUUGGUUAUGGCUAUGUGAAUUUCACUAGCUCAGAAGAUGCUAAUAUUGCUCUAAGGCUUUUAAACUCUAAAAGAUUGAAUGGCAAACAAAUUAGGAUCAUGUUCUCUGAUCCUGAUCCUACCAUGAGAAGAAGUGGCAUAGGUAACGUAUACAUCAAAAACUUGGAUUCAUCCAUCGACAACAAGGAGUUAUAUGAAGUAUUUUGUGUGUUUGGUGAUGUUAGUACAUGUAAGGUCGUUGUGGAUAGCCGUGGUCGAUCAAAAGGUUUUGGUUAUGUACAAUUUCAAAAAGAAGAAGAUGCCAAAGUUGCGAUAAGAAAACUAAAUGGAAUGUUGAUAAAAGGCAAACAAGUCUAUGUUGCCAAAUUUAUUCACCAAAAAGAACGAAAUGAAGCAAACAAAUCACUAAAGUUUACUAAUGUGUAUGUAAAGAAUUUUCCAGAGACAACAACUGAGGAAGAUUUUGUACAAGCUUUUGGGAAGUUUGGUUCCAUUACAAGUGUUGUUAUCAUGAGAGACAUGUAUGGGAAGUCUAAAUGUUUUGGAUUUGUGAACUUUCAAGAUCCAAAAGCUGCAACUGAUGCUAUUGAGGGGUUGAACAACGAUGGAAUCGGUUGGUAUGUUAGGAGGGCUCAAAAGAAAACUGAACGAGAAAUAUUGGAAUUAAAAGCGAAUUCUGAUCAGGAUCGAAAAUUGCAAUAUGAACAAAUGAAAGAGGCUAAUUUGUAUAUAAAAAAUCUUGAUGAAACCAUUACAGAUGAUGAAAAGUUAAAGGCUUUAUUCUCGCCGUUUGGAACUAUUACAUCUUACAAGAUCAUGUUUGAUUCGCGAGGGGUGAGCAAGGGUUUUGGAUUUGUCGCUUUUUCUACCCGAGAGGAAGCUAAGAAGGCUAUGGUUGAGAUGAACAGGAAGAUGGUAGGAAGAAAACCACUAUAUAUUUCGGUAGCGGAACGAAAAGAAGAAAGAAUGGCUCGAUUACAGGCGCAAUUUGCUCAGCCCCGAGCAUCUGGUUUAGUGACUCAUUUGACUACAGAUAAAACUGGGGUCCACUUGGGUGCACCAGAAUUGCAAAGUCGUGGUUAUGGCUUGAUAGAUGAACCAAUAAUGGUUGGAUAUGGCCCUUCUAACUUCAUGGCUCCGGUAAGAACCAGAAACCCUCAUGUUAUGCUUGGGCAGGUGAUGUGUGAUGGUACUCCUAACCAAGACUUGGUAAAUGUGUUCAGUGGGAGAAAUCUCAUGGACAAUCAAAUGGAUCAAGUUCUCAUGGGCAAUAACAUGGUUCGGUUGCCUUUCAAUGUCUCAACAGAAGUAACAUCGUCCUCUGAUGUUCAUCUUUUUGGACUAAUUGAUACUACAAAACUUGCUUCUGUUUUGGUUUCUGCUAGUCCAGAAAACCAACAUCAGAUCCUUAGGACAUACUUGUACCCUUUGGUGGAGCAAAUUGAGCACAGGAAUGCUACAAGUGUAACAGAUAUGUUGCUUGAUAUGGACAAUUCUGAAGUGCUUCAUUUGAUCGAAUCUCCAAAUGAGUUAAAGAAGAAAGUUGGUGAGGCCAUGGCUCUGCUCAUUUCUACACUUUCAUGUGUUGCAAACGACGAUGAUCACUUUGGCUCGUUAUCCUUGAAUUGA